AUGGAACCGGGACCGGGCGGAGUCCAGGGUAACACAUCUACUACACACACUACAGAGAUACUAAUGCGUCACAAGAGAGCCUGGAUCAUAGACUCAUUCAGCAUUGACGAAGAACAUCCCGGGCCUUUCCCAUACAAGUUUGGAACUGUAACAUUUGAAGCAGUAGAUCAGGAAAAUAAUAAGGCGAUUACAAGGCUAGCAGUAAUCAUAACUGUGAAUGACGUCAAUGACAACCCCCCACGAUUUAGCAGAGAUGUGUUCAAAACAUAUGUUGAAGAAUCAAUGACCCAAGGGACAAAUGUAUCCAAUUUGAUGGCCGAAGAUUCUGACAAGCCGAAUACCCCGAAUUCAACCUUUGAUUACAGUAUUACUUCUGUUUCACCCAAUACACUCAAUGCAGAAUUCUACGUUGAGCAACAGCAGCAGACAGGUGUACUCUCUUUCAGGGGAUGUUUGGACUAUGAGAAAACUGAAAAGUACACUGUGGUGGUUGAAGCAAAGGAUCGUGGGGAAGUGAUUCGUCGCUCAAGCUCUUGCACGGUCAUCGUUCAUGUUCAGGACAAAAACAACCACAUGCCCACCUUCAAUGGUCUCACAGGGACCAGACGAGUAAAAGAGGGGGAGUCUGGGAUAUCUCCUCUCCGACUGCACGUCACAGAUAAAGACACAAAUGGCACCGCAGCAUGGAGGGCAAAAUACACGAUACACGGAGACACAGGAGAGCACUUUAAGAUUGAAACUGACCCAGAAACUAAUGACGGAAUCCUGACAGUCAUAAAGCCUCUGGACUUCGAGGAGAGUGCAGCAAGACACCUGUCAAUCAGCGUGGACAACGAGGAGCCUUACUUCUCCUGCCAGGUGAAGAGGAAGACGUCCACGGGCCUGUGGGAAGUGGCCUACACUAGAGAAAAAGGGGGCAUGCCUGCAACUCUGAACAUCACCAUUGAAGUGGAGGAUGUUGAUGAACCCCCAGAAUUUAAUCCAACAGUGAAAAAGAUUUACGUAAAGGAAAAUGUAGAGGUUGGAUACCCACUGACAACAUUCGAUGCCAUGGACAAGGACAGGUCCUCCUCAGGUGACCUCAUAUACAUUAAAGGUGAUGACCCUGGGGGCUGGGUGAAGGUGGAUUUAAAAACUGCCAAAAUUACAACAGCUAAGAUACUGGACAGAGAAUCAGUCCUUGUGGUGAAUAACACCUACAAUGUAAUCAUAUAUGCUGUAGAUAAAGGUUCACGCCUCCUGACUGGCACAGGGACACUCAUAAUCCACCUGAUGGAUGAGAAUGACAACCUGCCCCUGCUGAAAGUAAACACAUUGGACGUGUGCUUAUCCGACAAACCCACCAUGACUCCUAUCAGCGCCUAUGACCUGGAUGAGGAACCAGAAAGCACACCCUUUUAUUUUGAGCUGCUUGGUGAUGUGGAGGGAAAAUGGAGUCUUGACCCUGAAUAUGGGACCACUGUUAACCUGGUGAAGGAGAGGAUAGUUUACUCUGGACACCAUGAGCUGCAGCUGCAGAUCUCCAACAUGCAGGGGCAGUCCUCAGUCCAGAACCUCUCUGUCACUGUGUGUGACUGUUCUAUGACUGUAAACUGUCGGCUCCGUCAAGCUCCCAGCUCCCGAUUUGGGGGCAGCGCUAUUGGGAUCAUGUUUGUGGCCUUGCUUGUGUCACUUGUUUUGCUGCUUUUGGUCCUUCUCCUGUCCUGUGAGAAAGAGAAAAUUGCCUUCCCGUUCUACCCUGCUUCAGGAGAUGCACUUCUCCCCUCAAACAUCGAGACACCUGGAACUGAUUGCAAGAUUCCUGAUACAUUUCGAGAGUCCCAAGUGGACAAGGGCCAUGUAGAAGUAUCUAAAGGUCUUCACAAUGGUGUAUUUCAACAGACCCACAUCAGUCAGCAUAGAUUGACGUCUAGUAGUAAAUAUUUGGCCUCUCGUGGCAGAGCUUUUGUGAUGAGAAAUGAAGCCCUUACAUCUUUGAUAUAUCAGAGGCUGGGUUCAAUCCAGGCACCUGGACAGGAGCUGUGUGAUUACGACCCCAAACAGUACGCUUAUGAGGGAGACUCAGGGUCGGAUCCAGAGCUGGACGCCAUCUCCAUUGACGGGAACAAGUUUGAUCCAGAUGAGCUUCGAGACCUGGACCCCAGAUUUCUUAGACUGGCCACAAUAUGCAAUCGCAGCACGACACUGCAUCAGAGCCAAUUCAGAUAGGGCUGGGUCUAACAGACUAAACACCGGACCCAUUGGCAUAGAUCCCAUCGAGCCAAUCACAUAACUGCUGAGGCAGUCAGAGAGCAGGAAGGUGUGACCUGAGGACCAUUAGACUUUUUGUACAAAGUAAAGAUUAUUUGCAAGCAUAGGGAGUAUUUUCAGCAUUUCCGUUUAAAACAUGAAGGGACGCGACAAUGAACUGUUCUAAAAACAAAAGAAAAGAAAACAACUGAAAAGCUUGUAUGGCAGCUGUAAAGCUAAUACGUAAAUGACAAAAUAUAAAC